AUGGGUGUUGAGGCUGGUAUGGUGGUAAUGCAGCGUGCUGCUCGGGCCUGCUUUGCUGACUCUCAUUUGGUGCCGGACUUGAAGAGUAGGAUGAGCCGUAAGGACCUGAAGUUGAUGAUCUUGGCUCAGCGUAAGAUUGCUGGGGCGGGUAGCCAUUUGAAUAAGAAGACUGUGGGUUGCCGUAAUGGCUCAUGCCGUACUGCGAGGGAGCCAUCAUGA